AUGAAGACCCAGCAGCCUCUACAUGUGGCCACUCCAGUGAGACAGAGCCUUGUCCUCACUAAAGUAGCAGGGACCUCUGUUUACCUCAAGCUGGACUCAUCUCAGCCCACGGGCUCCUUCAAAAUCAGGGGCAUCGGUCACCUGUGCAAAACUUGGGCAGAGCGAGGAUGUGAGCGUUUUGUCUGCUGUUCAGGAGGAAACGCUGGGAUGGCAGCAGCUUAUUCUGCCCGUCAGCUCGGAGUUCCUGCAACCAUAGUGGUUCCAAGUGUUACACCAAACCCAACAGUGGAGAGACUGAAGGAUGAGGGAGCCAAUGUGAUAAUCCAUGGCAAGGCCUUAAAUGAAAGCAUGGAAUACGGACAGCAGCUGGUGGCAAACAACCGUGGCUGGAUUUUCAUCUCCCCAUUUGACGACCCUCUCAUCUGGGAAGGCCACACAUCUCUGGUGAGGGAGCUGGAACAGGACAUGAGGGAGAAGCCAGGAGCGAUAGUGUUGUCAGUGGGGGGCGGAGGUCUGCUGAAUGGAGUGGUGGAGGGGCUGCGGCGUGCUGGCUGGGCUGACGUGCCCAUUGUAGCCAUGGAAACAAUGGGAGCACACAGCCUCAAUGCAGCAAUGAAGGCAGGAGAGCUGGUCACUUUACCUGAAAUCACCAGUGUUGCAACAACGUUGGGUCUGACAAGAGUUUCUGCACAGACUUUUAAACUGGUGAACGAGCAUACAGUUUUCUCAGCAGUGGUCACAGAUCAGGAGGCUGUGAAAGCUGUGGAACGCUUUGUAGACGAUGAGAAGGUCCUGGUGGAGCCGGCCUGCGGUGCGGCCCUGGCAGCUGUGUACAGCGACAUUAUCAAAAGGUUGCAGGAUGAGGGGAAGCUGGCACGGAGCCUGGGCCCAGUGGUCAUCGUGGUGUGCGGCGGCAACAACAUCAGCAUGGAGCAGCUGAGGAGGCUGAAAAAACAGCUGGGUGUUAUCUAGCGUGGCCGACCACCUCAUGUACUCCUGACCUUUUCCCCUGUUCCUCCAUCAGCUCGUCUCAAUCCAUAAACCCCCCCCUAAAUUAUUCAUGUGCUUCAUAAACCGAAUCAUUCCAGACUGUGAAUCUCUACUGAGCACUGAGACUGACAAAUGUGAGAGGCUGCUGGAGGGAUUUUUUUUUAUUUUGUUUAAAAACUAGAGAACUCU